CAUGGUAUCAAUAUGAAAUGAUUCGUUAUAAACCAGAUAUUAUGCAAUUUAUUGCUGAUUUUGAUCAUCCAAUUUUUCGUUAUAAAUGGAAUUCAGAAAUAUGGCUUGAACAAUUUCAAAAUACUAAAUCUCAAAAUCGUAUGACCAAUAUUAAUACAAGACAUCGUUCAAAUCUAUCAUCUGAUCAAAUUCGUCAUUUACUUCAAAUGACUGUUAUGUUAAAUACAAUUGGAGUUAUACGUAAAAAAAAUUAUUUUAUUAACAAUCAACAAAUUACAUUAAAUUUAGAUUCAAAAUUAAAAACAAUCAUUUACAAUCAUGAUUCAUUAUUAGAACAUAGUCAAUCAAUAAAAUUAACAACAACUCCUUACAUAGAAACAAAAGUAAAUGUGAUUAAUGAAGAUUGUGUUAUUGUUUAUGAAGAUUGUUGUAAAAAAUAUAAAAAACCACUUCUAUUAAAUAUGGCUAAUGCAAUAAGUCCAGGUGGUGGAUAUCGAAAAGGUGAUGGAGCACAAGAAGAAAAUCUUUUUCGACGAUCAGAUUAUUUUCGAAGUCUUGAUAUUGAUCUUGAUUUUAUUCAAGAUGAAAUAUCAGAACGAUUUUAUUGUUCACAUGAUGGUGAAAUUCGUUCUCUUUCUGAUUCUACAACAAUCUAUCCAAUGGAUGAAUAUGGAGCUAUUUAUACAUCUGGUUUAACAUUUUUUCGAAAAUCUGAUGAUAAAGGUUAUGAAUAUAUGGAAAAACCAUUAGAAAAUGUUUGUUCAUUAGCUAUGGCUGCAUAUAGAAAUCCAAAAUUAGAUGGAAAUAUGUUAUCACCUAAAUAUGCUGUUGGAAUGAGAAAAAAAAUUGAAAAUAUUUUUUCAAUUGCUUAUAAACAUAAACAUGAUUGUCUUAUAUUAUCAGCUCUUGGUUGUGGUGCAUUUCGAAAUCCACCUGAUCAUAUUGCUAAAUUAUUUCGUUCAGUUAUUGAACAAUAUGCUGGUUUCUUUCAAACAAUUCUAUUUGCAAUUAUUAAUGAUCAUAAUACUGGACAACAACAUAAUCCACAAGGAAAUUAUAAAUCAUUUAAAGAUGAAUUAGAUGGUUUAUGUGUUCAACCUAUUUUAUCAUUAAAUUAUCCUAAUACAAUCAUUGGUCCAUAUCGAAUUUCAUCAGAUGGUUCAACUAUACAUGAUGUAACAAUUUUUGAUUUACAACCUUGUCCUUACAGUGCAAAAUGUAAUGAAAUGUAUGAUUCGAAACAUGCUCAAAAUUACUCUCAUCCAACUUUAUGUAAACAACAAUGUUUGAAAAGUACAUGUGAUAAAAUAAAUGAUUUGAUUCAUACGUCUUCAUUUAUACAUCGAACACCAUGUAAACAUGGUGUUCAAUGUAAAGACAUUGACAAUAAAAAACAUUCUCAAGAAUAUGAACAUCCGUCUUAUUGUCCAAGUGGAGGAAACUGUCAAGAUACAAGUGAAGAUCAUGGACGAGCAUAUCGACAUUUACCAUUGUGUGAUUAUUUUCAAAAAUGUUUAGCAUAUAAAAGACAUGAUGUACAUCAUUGUGAGAAAUUUCGUCAUUAUAUGCCUCAUUGUAAUUAUGGAAGUUAUUGUGUUAAUUUUCAUGAUAGACAACAUAUUGAAGAUUACAAACAUCCAUUUUCAACUCCAUGUUCACUUACACCAUAUCAUUGUGAAAUGUAUGAAACAUUCAUAAUGACAAAAGAUCCAAGAAAACUUUCCGAUGACAUUCAACAACAUUAUCUAAAUUUUGCUCAUGUAUGUGUUUUUGGACGCAAUUGUAUCGAUAAAGAUCCAUUACAUUGGGAAAAAUCGAUUCAUGUACAUCGUUGUCUUUGUCCAUUUGGUAAUAGAUGUGCAAAACUUGUUCAAGAAGAUCAUUUAAAUUCAUUUACACAUUCAAAAAUUCGUGAUAUUCGUUUUCUAUGUAAACAUGCUGAUAAAUGUAACGAACGUCAUGAUUCAAAACAUUUAACAAAAUAUCGACAUAUAAUUACAUUAGAAGAUAGUGGUGUUGUACGUUAUUUUAAUUUAAAUAAAGAUAUUGAUUUUGUUCAAAAUCAAAAUGAUAACAUAGAACGUGUUACAAAUUAUGUAAAGAAAGGGAAAUGGGAAACAUUAAAAUCAGGAUCAAUUCCACAAGAGAUCGUCGAUUGGAUACGUACUGUUCAACCUGUUCAUAGAUGUAGACGAGCAAUAUUCGAAUCAAUACUUCUUCAUGGACAUGUUAUGAGUCGUGAUUAUAUGGAACAAUUAAAGAAACCAAUGUUUGUUGCUACUUCUGUUCUUCAACAUAGUCGAUUAAGACAAAUUAAACCUUUAAAAGAGAAAAAAUGUUCAAGAGAUGCAAAAGAAUACAUUCAAGCAUUAGUUAUAGAAGAAUUUGAAAAAGAACAUUUCGAAAAUAUAAACACAAACGAAACAACAUCAUCAUCUUAUAAAGCAAAUGCAGAAACUCGUCAACAAUUAAUUACAAAUAAAAAAGUUAUUCUAUCAUAUGUUCUUACUGAAGAUGACAUAAAUACAAUUAAAACAACAGCUAUUGAAAUAGCUCAAGCUUCAAUAAAACUUCAUUCAGAUCCAGCUGGUAUUGGUUAUGAACGUGAUAAAGAUUUAGGAACAAAUAAAAAUGUUUUUAGUAUUCUUGGACCACAUUUAGGACAUUACUAUGGAGAUAUAUUUAUUGUAUUUAAACGAGAUAUUCUUCAUCAUCCAGAUGCAAAUUUUUCUAUGCAAGCAGCAACAUCAUAUGCUAGUGGAAAUUGUUUUGAUUGGCGACCUUGGUUAGGUAAAAAUUCAAAUUCAAAAGAUGAUGAUAUUAAAUUAUUUCAUAAAACAAAAUUACAUGCAUCAAUAACAGGUUAUGAAUAUGCAACUGCUCUUGAAUUAAUUGCUACAACAAGUAAAAGUUUAAAGAAAAAAUCAAUGAAUAUUGAUUUAGAAACAAUUCUUACAUGUUGGCAAAAUAAAGAUUCUCAUGCAAAUAUUGAAGCACAUUUACCUCAACUUAUUCCACUUGAUUAUAUUGAUCAUAUUUAUAUGUCACAAAAUACAUUUGAUUCAUUAAAUCCUAAUGCACGAAAAUUUAUUAAUACUACUUUUAAAUCUCGUAUCACUAAAACAUUACAUGAAAUUGAACUUGAUCCACCUAUGGAACCAUUUGGUCCAAAACCUGAUUCAAACAUUCGUGUAGAAUAUCAAGAUUUUGUUAUAAAAGAUAUAAUUGAUAAAUAUGGUCAACGUGAUAUUCAUGCAAUUUCAAGACCUAUUCAAGGUACUGUUAUAACAAUACCUUCAAGUGAAUUUAAUGAUCAUUAUGUUUUACCUAUAACAAUAUCACAAGAAUAUAAACAAUAUAAAAUUGAUCAUCCACAAGUAUCGAAUGAUAUUACAGUUUAUAUUUAUUGGCAAACUAUGAAUGGAGAUAUGAUGUUAACAUUAUCAAAUGAACAAAUUAAUACAGGAGAACAACAACCAAAUCUACAUUGUUUAAUAUCUUAUAUAGCUGAAAAACCUUCAACAAAAGAAGGUCAUUAUCAUGAAAAUGUAUCUUAUUUACAUAAUGGUCGACCAUUUGGACAUGAAUUUGUUAUUAAAGAACGAACAUAUGCAGCUAAAUCUCGAUCAUUUUAUAUUGGAUGUAAUACAGAUGAUUUUAUGACAUUUUGUCUUGAAAUUCAACGUUCAACAGGAAAAGUUAUUUU